CACAUCAUGCCUACUCGGCUGAUUUCGGCCUUUGCUGUUAACAUGGACACGUUCAAUAUGUUUGUCCUACUUUUGACCAUUUCUGCUGUUUUCUCCGUAAAAGGGGAUGCGGUCCACAGAAGAUUUGAAUAUAAGUAUGGGUUCAAACCCCCAUACCUUGCCCAAAAGGAUGGGACUGUUCCAUUUUGGGAGCACAAAGGAAAUACCAUUGCCAGCCCAGACAAUGUGAGGGUGACGCCUUCUCUGAAGAGCCAAAAGGGAAUGAUCUGGAACAAGAACCAAGUCACCUUCAAGUGGUGGGAGGUCGAGAUGUGGUUCCGUAUCACGGGCCGGGGUCGCAUCGGUGCUGACGGCCUGGCGAUGUGGUACACCACCGAGCGGAUGGUGGACGGUCCCGUGUUCGGCUCCAAGGAUAAGUGGAACGGACUGGGCGUCUUCUUUGACUCGUUCGACAACGACAACAAGCGCAACAAUCCCUAUGUGUCGGCCAUUGUCAACGACGGUACACAGGUCUAUGACCACGAACGCGACGGCCAGGGCCAGAUCAUCGGCGGCUGCCUGCGCGACUUCCGCAACAAGCCGCACCCGGUGCGCGUGCGGGUCACCUACCUCAACAGCGUGCUCACCCUGGAGAUGCACAACGGCAUCACCAACAGCGACAAGGACUACGAGCUGUGCUUCCGCGCCGAGAACGUGUACCUGCCCGAGAACGGCUUCUUCGGCCUGUCGGCGGCCACCGGCGGCCUGGCCGACGACCACGACGUGAUCAAGUUCCUCACCACGUCGCUGGCGACCAACCCGCAGGACAUCAAGGACGAGCGCAUCAGCGAGCAGGAGCGACAGCGGCUCAAGAAGGAGUUUGACGAUUACCAGCAGAAGACGGAGCAGGCCAAGGCUGACUACCAGCGCCAGCACCCGGACGCCAAGAAGGACGACGAGUACGAUGACGAGUUUGACCCGGAGACGUCGCGCGAGCUGCGUCAGAUCUUCGACGGCCAGAGCCAGAUUUACGAGACGAUCCGCGAGAUGCACCGCAAGAUGGACGAGAUCAUCGGCCGCCAGGAGCGCACGCUGAGCGCGCUGAGCCAGCGGCCGGCCGGCCAGCCGGCGCCGGCCGGUCAGCCCCAGCAGGCGGCGCUGCCGGCCGCUGACUCCAUCCGGCGGCAUGAGGUGGACGCCGUGCUGAACAACCAGCGCGAGAUUGUGCAGGCGGCCCGUGAGAUCAAGAACUUUGUGGGGGAGAUCAACCAGCGGUCACACACGAUCCUGCAGAACCAGCAGAAGCCGGUGGGCACGGUGCAGCAGGCGGGUGGCGCCGGCGGCGCAUUCGAGCAACAGAAGGUGAUGAACGAGCUGCGGGACGGCCUGAACAUGGUGAAACGCGACAUGAGUAUCACGGCACAGCGACUGCAGCAGCAGCCGCCGCCGGCUUGUCCCUCCGGCGCCGGCGGCUGCGUCAGCGUCGGCGUGUUCGUCGGCGUCGUGCUCGUUCAGCUGGUGGUUAUGCUGGGCUUCCUGACGUAUAGGGACAAUAAGCAAGCGGCGGCAAAGAAAUUCUACUAGAAACUGCGACCGUCUCGGCCGCCCGACUUCCAGCGUAUGGGUCUAUUUUUCUACGAGGUCCGCUUGUGUUUUGUUCCCAUCCGCCGGGGAGGCCAGAGCGGCCCGCCGGCCGGUCUGUGCCCCCACUUCCAGCUCCCAGCCCCUCUCUCGUCUCCCAGUUACCGAACCGCCAGGCUUGCCUUGCUCUCGCCGGACCAAUGUGCAAUGCGUCUCCCGCUGACUGGAGCGGGACGUGUGCCCGGCGCCUGGCCGGCCGCCGCUAGCCGGGCCUGCGAGCUGGCUGCGGCCUGACCGCGCUCCCGGGCUGGCGGCGGCCACCCGCCCCGCGUGAUAGCUCUCCACUGGCCCCGCACACCGUUCAUUCCACCCGGCUCUCCGCGGUCGGCAGAGCCCGCUAGGACGCCGUUCGCGAGGCGCUGUCGUCUUACCCGUCGCGGUCUGCGCCCGCUGUCCUGCUGGAAGUGCAGCGGGCAGGGUGCAGCCCCUGGCCGGCGCGGUCCCGGUCGGCGUAGCCCCUGGCCAGCGCAGUCCCUGACAGGCGCAGUCCCUGGCCGGCGCAGUCCCUGGCCUGCGCGGUCCCUCGCCGACGCGGCCCCUGGCCGGUGCCGGCUACUGGCGAUGGAUUGUCGGCCGGGCGGCCAGCGGGCCACCGCAGCUUCCACUGCUGUUUUUAUUCAUGCUGUCGCGGGUGCCACUUUGGUAAUUUUUACACGUCGGGGAUAUCAGGAUUCAGGGUUUGUCAUGCCGUAUGAUCGGAGUGCGGGCUGUUCGUUGCGCUGCGGCAAUCAGAGUGUUUAUUUUAGCGUUACGGAAUGGUGGACAUGCGCUCGCGAAAAUGGAUUUCUGGAUCGAUACUGCAUGCCCUUUUUGGAAGUAAGUGUUGGAUGUUGUUAAUAAAGGUUUCAUAGAUCA